AUGAAUGAGUGUGAGGAGAUGAAUGAGUGUGAGGAGGUGAAUGAGUGUGAGGAGGUGAAUGAGUGUGAGGUGGUGAAUGAGUGCAUGAGGAGAGUCGACCCUCUGGACAGAGUCGACCCUCUGGACAGAGUCGACCCUCUGGACAGAGUCGACCCUCUGGACAGAGUCGACCCUCGGGACAGAGUCGACCCUCUGGACAGAGUCGACCCUCUGGACAGAGUCGACCCUCUGGACAGAGUCGACCCUCUGGACAGAGUCGACCCUCUGGACAGAGUCGACCCUCUGGACAGAGUCGACCCUCUGGACAGAGUCGACCCUCUGGACAGAGUCGACCCUCUGGACAGAGUCGACCCUCUGGACAGAGUCGACCCUCUGGACAGAGUCGACCCUCUGGACAGAGUCGACCCUCUGGACAGAGUCGACCCUCUGGACAGAGUCGACCCUCUGGACAGAGUCGACCCUCUGGACAGAGUCGACCCUCUGGACAGAGCCGACCCUCUGGACAGAGCCGACCCUCUGGACAGAGCCGACCCUCUGGACAGAGCCGACCCUCUGGACAGAGCCGACCCUCUGGACAGAGCCGACCCUCUGGACAGAGCCGACCCUCUGGACAGAGCCGACCCUCUGGACAGAGUCGACCCUCUGGACAGAGUCGACCCUCUGGACAGAGUCGACCCUCUGGACAGAGCCGACCCUCUGGACAGAGUCGACCCUCUGGACAGAGUCGACCCUCUGGACAGAGCCGACCCUCUGGACAGAACCGACCCUCUGGACAGAGUCGACCCUCUGGACAGAGUCGACCCUCUGGACAGAACCGACCCUCUGGACAGAACCGACCCUCUGGACAGAACCGACCCUCUGGACAGAACCGACCCUCUGGACAGAACCGACCCUCUGGACAGAACCGACCCUCUGGACAGAGCCGACCCUCUGGACAGAGUCGACCCUCUGGACAGAGUCGACCCUCUGGACAGAGCCGACCCUCUGGACAGAGUCGACCCUCUGGACAGAGCCGACCCUCUGGACAAAUACGAUUCGACGAGGCCUCCUUGUGCGUGA